GAGACUCACUCAUCCGCCACUCAGUCGCUCUCCUCAGGGCCAAGGACCCGUUCCUCAGGCGAUCGGGAGCGUACCGCCUCGCCUUCAUUGCCUCCAAUGAUGAGACUCGCAUGAAAAUUGUGGAAGCCGGAGCCCUUCCGCACCUCUUGCUGCUCCUCGAAUCCCCUUUUCACCAGACUGAAGCUACUCCUCAUUCGUCCGACCCUCCUCUUACAAACCCUCCUCCUCUUGCCCCUCCUCCACUCGGCCCCCCUCCUCUCUCUCCUUCUGAGAGGCGCACGGUCAAGGAAGCACUCACCUGCCUUACCCAUCUGGCUCAAUCAG